UAAGUCGUCAACACGAGCGUACAGACAGAUGGCUGAGGUUGCACUUAAGGACCUGAUACCCGUGCAUAUGCUGGUCACGACUCUGGCGCGUAUCUUAUUCUCCGUUCGUUCUCUUCCUGCUCAUUAGCUGGACAUGCAACCCCUGGUGCUCAUCAAUCGCUUCAUGAUUAAUAUACGGACGGUCGACUCGGAAGUGUCAGACUACUCUGUGUGCCUCACUGAUCGGCAGCAAGCACAGCCAUCAGUCCAAUUCAGGAGGUCGACGAAUCGGCUGGGCAAUACUAUGGGGACGCUGUAUGAUGGUUUAAGCAACGAACCUUGGGAUGGAGAGGCCAGCUCCGCAGAAAUAGAUGAGGCAGGAUGUUGGGAGGCCAUUGGUGCAGAAACAUAAACUAACGCCGGGAAUCAUUCGAGUACUCUCUGCUCCUCGCGGACAGUGGAUUGUGAUGCAUGCGAGCAGGAAUCUCUACCCCUGCGACAGUAGUAUCGAAUACUUGCGGUGUGUUGAGGCGCUUGCCUCCGCAUUAUUCUGUCUUAGCCAUACACUGGAUACAUCUGCUGCUUACCUCCUAGGU